CGCCAUGUGCAACCUUGUAGCGUUCCUAUCUUGAUUAAGGCCAUGUGCGGUACGUACCUCCCCGGCCAGUCGGUUGACGACCCGCCCCUGCCGAUAACAGCAAAGUCGCGGACUGUCUGUGCGAAUUCGUUGGCGCUCGCGCACGCUCUCGGUGACGGUGUCGCUUCUCAGUUCUGACCUCACCGCGAGAAUUCCAUCGUGAUCCAACCCGAGGUCCGCAACGGCAACCUCAAUUGGACUUUUCUUAACGGAGAUACGGCGGCUGCACUGGAGGAUGUGCGUAUGUUCCUGGUUGGGUUUCCCCUCUCCCCCACUGUGACCCGACAUUUGCGAUGGGUGGACCCCAGCCACACGUCUGUAUCCGCCAGUACGUACCCAUCUUUGCAGGCCUUCCUAUUUGUGUGAGGGAAGAACGGGCCAAGCCCGGCGACUUGCGACUGCCAUACAACAUGCGUACUUCUCUCGCGAUCGUGGCCCUCUCGGCCCUCACUGCUGUCUCUGCCCAGCGCAAGGUCUUUACCGCUGCCGACAUCAACGUUGCUACUGUCUCCGUGAACCAGAGAGCCAGCUGGUGUGUCGCCGAGCGCAACACUUGCAAGGUCCUUUGCGAGCCUAACCCCACCACCAACGACUGCGAUUCUACCACCCUUGUCUACUCUUGCCUCUGCCCCAACGGCUCUGCCCCCGGCCUUGAGUACUACGAGCAGACCAUGCCCACCUUCAUCUGCGAGAAGGCCUUCGAGGACUGCAUCACAGCCAACGUUGGUGACGCUCGCGGCCAGACCAACUGCACCGACACCAUCAAGUCCCAGUGCGGUACCGUUAACGCCCAGGCUGACCAGGCUUCUGGUGUUUCCACCACCACCACCGCAUCUGCUACCAGCACUGCCGCCGGAACUGGUACCGCCGCCGCUACUACUGGUGCCUCCAGCUCCAGCUCUUCCGCCUGGGCUGCUCCUACUGCGAACCCCGCUCACGUCGGCAACGCUGCUGCUGUCGCCGCCAUUGGCCUCCUCGCCUACAUGCUCUAGAUUGCUGCUGCAUUCUCCUAGGCUGUGGUAAACUGCCAGUCUCGAUUGCUUCAUGCGGCGACAUGAUUGACAAUCGCAGGCUUUGAGCGGUAUUUCGCUUCUCUGUAAUCACCUUCCCUACUACCCGGUCUGCGUGCUUACCACGCGGCUCCCUAAUCUUUUUUUGACGAGGAAUACGUGGAAUUAUGCGAUGGAGACGAUGGAUAUUCCCACCCGUAUGGCAUUUUGAAGUUCUAGGAGGAGUCAGUGCGUUACAGGGACGGGUGAUGUCACCCCAUGUUGCUUUUGCUCUGCAUUUCGCGUUUUAGGCAUGAUUGAAAGACAGUCCAGACGACGUCAAAAGAAAUGAAGAAUUGAUUCCCCCC